CAUUCCUCUCCGCUCCCUCCUCGGGCCUGGGGGUUGUGUGUGUACAUAAUUCAAUCCCCGUGGGACUGGCGUCUGGCCUCACGCGCGUCUUGGCGGAUUGGCUGUUUCAGCUCGCCCCCGCCCUCCGUACACCUCGCGUCCCAGGUGGCUCAGGCCCCUGUGGUGAUCUCUGUUUACCGAGAGAGCCUGUCCAAGUUGGGCUCCAUCGCUGCCCUCGCUCCCCUUCGGGGCCCCCGCCCGCCUGGGAAGCAGAGAGAAAGCCGGGCCCAGCCCUUCCUCGCCCUUCCCCUCCCCGCACCGCCCGGAGAGGUCGGGUAAGGGGGAAGGAGUGUGCGUGGGACGGGGAGCCUCGGGCCUGGGGAUCUGGCUGUUCCCGUCCCCGUAUCUAGCGCGGACCCGGGGGUUCCAGCCCUAGGCCAGGCUCCGGCUCCCUCCGCCCCGCGCCAUCGCGCUCGGGGUGACGGGCCCACCCCGGGCGAGCAGCCAGAGGCUGGAUCUCAGGGAUGCCAGCUCCCCAGCGGAAGCACAGGCGUGGAGGCUUCUCUCACAGGUGUUUCCCCACUCCGCAGACGGCGAUGACCCCCCAGGCCGCCGGACCCCCGGACAGGGGCUGGGGCUGGGUGGUGGCGGCCGCAGCCUUCGCGAUAAACGGGCUGUCCUACGGGCUGCUGCGCUCGCUGGGCCUUGCCUUCCCUGACCUUGCCGAGCACUUUGACCGAAGCGCCCAGGACACUGCAUGGAUCAGCGCCCUGGCCCUGGCCGUGCAGCAGGCAGCCAGCCCCGUGGGCAGCGCCCUGAGCACACGCUGGGGCGCCCGCCCCGUGGUGAUGGUUGGGGGCGUCAUCGCCUCGCUGGGCUUCGUCUUCUCGGCUUUCGCCCGCAGUCUGCUGCAUCUCUACCUCGGCCUGGGCCUCCUCGCUGGCUCUGGUUGGGCCCUGGUGUUCGCCCCUGCCCUAGGCACCCUCUCGCGUUACUUCUCCCGCCGUCGAGUCUUGGCGGUGGGGCUGGCGCUCACCGGCAACGGGGCCUCCUCGCUGCUCCUGGCGCCCGCCUUGCAGCUUCUCCUCGAUACUUUCGGCUGGCGGGGUGCUCUGCUCCUCCUCGGCGCGAUCACCCUCCACCUCACCCCCUGUGGCGCCCUGCUGCUACCCCUGGCCCUUCCUGGCGACUCCCCAGCCCCACCGCGUAGUCCCCUAGCUGCCCUCGGCCUGGGUCUCUUCACACGCCGGGCCUUCUCAAUCUUUGCUCUAGGCACAGCCCUGGUUGGGGGUGGGUACUUCGUUCCUUACGUGCACUUGGCUCCCCACGCUUUAGACCGUGGCCUGGGGGGAUACGGAGCAGCGCUGGUGGUGGCCGUGGCUGCGAUGGGGGAUGCGGGUGCCCGGCUGGUCUGCGGGUGGCUGGCAGACCAAGGCUGGGUGCCCCUCCCGCGGCUGCUGGCCGUAUUUGGGGCUCUGACUGGGCUGGGGCUGUGGGUGGUGGGGCUGGUGCCCGUGGUCGGGGGCGAAGAGAGCUGGGGGGGUCCCCUGCUGGCCGCGGCUGUGGCCUAUGGGCUGAGCGCGGGGAGUUACGCCCCGCUGGUUUUCGGUGUGCUCCCCGGGCUGGUGGGCAUCGAAGGUGUGGUGCAGGCCACGGGGCUGGUGAUGAUGCUGAUGAGCCUCGGGGGGCUCCUGGGCCCUCCCCUGUCAGGCUUCCUAAGGGAUGAGACAGGAGACUUCACCGCCUCUUUCCUCGUGUCUGGCUCUUUGAUCCUCUCCGGCAGCUUCAUCUACAUAGGGUUGCCCAGGGCGCUGCCCUCCUGUGGUCCAGCCUCCCCUCCAGCCACGCCUCCCCCAGAGAGGGGGGAGCUGCUUCCCGCUCCCCAGGCAGUCUUGCUGUCCCCAGGAGGCCCUCGCUCCACUCUGGACACCACUUGUUGAUUAUUUUCUUGUUUGAGCCCCUCCCCCAGUAAAGAAUUUUUAUCGGGUUUUCCUGAAA